AUGUAUAUCAGCAGAUGCGUGGCACCAAAGAGCAUAAAAGACAAUAAAGUACGCUGUCAGUGCCUCUCCUCCUCCGACACCUCGCCGCCCCCGCGCUCCCGAUUCUCAAGCAGUCGACCCCCUUCGCUCGACUUACUCCAGAAGGCUCUCCCUCCGUCGGGGAACUUCUUCAUCUCGCCCUUCAGCGUCUGGAGCGCCCUCGUCCUCGCCUACUUCGGCUCCCGAGGCAAGACGAAGGCGGAGCUGGAGCAGGUUCUGCGGCUCACCAACAGGGAGGACACGCUCGCCCUGUUCAGGGCCCUCGAACGCGAAGCAAACCAGAACUACACCAUCAACUCGGCUAACAGGAUAUACUUCGACCAGUCCAUUCCCGUCCGAGAAUGCGUGGGAAAAGUCCUCGACGACAAAGUGAAGUUCACAGACUUUAAUAGGUUUAAGAAACGUAAUCCUGGGACGUUAGAUGUAAACCUGUUGGCCCUCAAGAUGGUGGCUGAAGGGAAAAUUGGCUCGCGAAGGGUUUCGAGCUUAGAUCAUACCAUUACUUCAGCCCUUAUAGAGGUGGACGAAGAAGGCGCAGAGGCGGCAGCGGCGACGGCGUUCGUUCUGAAUAGGUCUCGUUCAAUGCCUCCAAAGACGACGUUCACGUGCAACCGGCCCUUCGUUUUCUUCAUUCAAGAUAACGAGGCGAACAACAUCCUGUUCAUGGGGUUUAUAGGGGUCCUUGAGGGUCCUCUGCUGGACUUGUUAUUAUGCACAGCUGAGUCACUACAAAGAGACAAGGUUGGCAGUCACCACAGAGAGCGGAGCGAGAUGAAGAUCGUCCCAUGCCUCGGGCGAUACCAUCCCUGA